CCCCCUUUCUUGCCCAGCCACUUCCCUAAGAUGCGCCAGGGUUGUGUAGGCCGGUAUCCGGCACCCCCAGUUCCGGUGCUAGCUCUACUCCUACUACCUUUCUUCCUUUCUUUCACCCAACUGUCCGCAUGGCGCCCGUGGCCCCACCAAUUCCCCAACUCCACGUCUCCCAGUCUGGGUACCAGCAAAAAAUACGAGGGAUCAUCCGAAUUCGUGCACCUCAGGUACCAUAUGGGUCCCGUCCUCACAGCUAACAUCACCGUCCACCCUCUCUGGUACGGCACAUGGCUUCCCUCUCAGAAGCGUAUCAUCCGUGGCUUCCUCCGCUCAAUCUCAUCCGCACAAACCAAAACCCCAUCCGUCUCGAGAUGGUGGUCCACCGUCCGUCUCUACACGGACCAAACCGGCGCCAACAUCACCCAUACCGUGACCCUCGGCGCAGAGAAGAACGACCGAUUCUACUCCCACGGCAAGACCCUCACCCGCCUCUCAAUCCAGUCCGUGCUAAAAAGCGCCGUAACGGCCUCUACGCGCCCACUCCCCAUCAAUCCUAGAGGCGGGCUCUACCUCCUCCUCACCUCACAAGACGUGCACGUGCAGGAUUUCUGCGGCCAGGUGUGCGGCUUCCAUUACUUCACCUUCCCUUCCAUCCUCGGCUACACGCUACCGUACGCCUGGGUGGGAAAUUCCGCUACGCAGUGCCCGGGCUCGUGCGCCUACCCCUUCUCAGUGCCGUCCUACAUACCGGGCUUGAAGCCGUUGAAAUCGCCCAACGGAGAUAUCGGCGUUGAUGGGAUGAUCAGCGUCAUCGCCCACGAGAUUGCUGAGCUGGCAACUAAUCCGCUCGUGAACGCCUGGUACGCAGGGCAGGACCCGUCCUUCCCGACGGAGAUUGCAGACCUGUGCGAGGGAAUCUACGGCACGGGCGGAGGUGGGUCCUACACGGGCCAGAUGUUGAAGGGUGAUGAUGGUGCCACGUAUAACAUGAUCGGGAGUGGGCGCAGGUUCUUGGUACAGUGGGUUUGGAACCCGGUACUAAAUUACUGUUCUGGCCCUAAUGCUCUCGACCAAUGAAAAAAAAAAAUAUAUAUAAAAUAUUUGAAGUGUUUUUAUUUAAUAUAUAUAAAUAGUACUUUAAUGGGUCUUUUUUUUUUUUUUUUGGUUGUGUUGGCCACAUUUAAUAAACGUACCGUGUAAAAAAGGGCUAGGCGGAGUAGUUGUUUUCAUAGCAUUUGAAUUUGGAUUUAAUUGAAAGGAUGGCAUGGUUUUA